AGGAAGACAGCAGCAGCUCCGAGCCCGCAUCGGACUGUAGCACCUCCUCCAGCACCGCCACCAUGAGCUACGCCGGCUCAAGCAUCAGCAGCUCCUCCCGACGAGCUCACGGGGACGCGCCUCACUCCAGCAGGCGGCUCCAGAGCAUCCUCUCCAGCGGAGUCCGAUCAUACUCGUCAACCAGACUCGGAGGCGAGCGCUCGGGCUACAGCGGCCUCGUGCACGGCUACAGCAUGCCUGCUCUCAACUACACCGACAGCCUCGACCACAGCCGCCCCAUCGGGCUCACAGAUGCCGUGCAGCAAGCUCGAGUCAACGAGAAGCAGCUCCUGCAGGAUCUCAACGAGCGUUUCUCGGGCUACAUUACCAAGGUACACGAUCUCGAGCAGAACAACAAAGACCUGGACGAUGAGAUCUCAGCACUUAAACAGAGGCAGUCUGGCACCACUCACACUGGCAUUAACGAUGUCUACGAGUGUGAAAUCAAAGAGCUCCGAGAGCUCAUUGAACACAUUAAUGGAGAAAAGACAUCCGUGCAGAUGGAGCAGGAGCAUCUGGAGGAAGAGAUCAAGAAGCUUGAAGAGAAAUGCGGUCAAGAAGUUCGUCUACGCAAUGAAGCUGACGAGCUCUUUAAGAUGUUCAGCAAGCACACAGAGGCUGUGCCGCUGGUACGAAUGAGCAAUGAGAAGCAGAUACAGGCUCUGUUCGAUGAAAUCGCUUUCCUCAAAAAGAAUCAUGAGGAGGAGGUGGAGCAACUUCUGGGACAGAUCAAAUCCUCCUCGGUCUCAGUGAAGAAUGUAAAAUAUGGAGAGCCCAGCAUCGCAGCAGCACUGCGUGAUAUUCGCGGCAAAUUUCAGCUCAAAGGGCAGGUUGAGGGAGCGGCAGAAGAGCGCUUCCAGUCCAAGUUCACGCAGCUCACAGAGGCAGCGGAGCAGAACGAGGAGGCCCUGCGAUCGACCAAGGAGGAGCUCUCCAAGCACCGUCACAAGCUCAAUGAGCGAAGCACGGAGCUGGACGCGCUGCUGGGAACCAGGGAUUCACUCGAGAGGCAACUGAGCGAUAUGGAUGAGAGGCACCAGAUCGACAUGGGCAACUUGCAGGACGUGAUGGAACAGCUACAGGGGGAGCUGCGCGACUCCAAGUGGGAGGUGGCGCGCCGCCUGCGCGAGUACCAGGACCUGCUCAACGUGAAGAUGGCGCUCGACAUCGAGAUCUCUGCCUACAGGACACUGCUGGAUGGGGAGGAGGCUCACUACAGCAGCGAAAUGCCUAGGGCACCAGUCACAAGCACUGCACCGCGCGUAUCCAAAGCGGAGGCCGACGAGGAGCAGAGCCGCGAGCCAGACACAAAGCUGCAGGAUAGCGCAAGCGAGCAACUCGCGGAAGACACGCAAGUGCUCCCCACUCUCAGAGUGGAACAAGCUGAAGAAACGCACGGCGAAAAAGUUAAAGAAGAGGUCGAGGCUGAGAAAGUCGAAAUUGAAGAAACUGUUAGGGAAACAGAUGCUAUAGCUGACAUUGGGGAGAGAGGUGAGACUGAAAGUGAUACUGAAGAACAAGAAACUGAAGCCACAGAAGGUGAGCCACAAGAGAAAUCUGCUGUAAAAACGCAGGAACAAACAACUGAAGACAUUUCUGAACCAGAGGCAGAAGAUGAUGAAGCAGAAGAUGAAGUUGAGGAAACAAUAGACGGAAUAGCAGCAGGUGAACAUGAACCUGUGACUGAAGAGGGCAGUGAAGAGGAAACCGUGGAAACCAAACUAGAUGCUGCUGACGAUCAAGAGGUUGAAACAGAAGACGAACUUAAAGAGGAACCUGACAUAGAACAGGAACAACAAAAAACUGAAGUUGAGGAAGGUGAAACGACCGAAGCUAUCGAGGAAGCUGUUACUCCAAUCGAGGAAGACGUUACUGAGACCACUGUUGCACCAGCAGAGGAAGAAGAUAUUGAGAACAGAGUCACACAAAUAAAGGAAGAAGUUAAGCCCAUCAAGAAAGCUGUAACACCAACCAAGGAAGAAGCUAAGCCCACCAAGAAAGCUGUUACACCAACCAAGGAAGAAACUAAGCCAAUUAAGAAAGCCGUGACACCAACUAAGGAAGAAGCUAAGCCGAUUAAGAAAGCUGUUACACCAACCAAGGAAGAAGCUAAGCCAAUUAAGAAAGCCGUGACACCAACCAAGGAAGAAGCUAAGCCAAUUAAGAAAGCCGUGACACCAACCAAGGAAGAAGCUAAGCUGAUUAAGAAAGCUGUGACACCAACCAAGGAAGAAGCUAAGCCGAUUAAGAAAGCUGUGACACCAACCAAGGAAGAAGCUAAGCCGAUUAAGAAAGCUAUCACACCAACUGAAGGAGAAUUUGAGCUCAUUAAGAAAGCUGUCACACCAAGUGAGGAAGAAGCUAUUGAGGAAGCCGCUGCACCAACCGAGAAAGAGGCUAAGCCCAUCAAAAAAUCUGUCACACCAACCAAAGAAGCUAAGCCCACCAAGAAAGCUGUUACACCAAUCAAGGAAGAGGCUAAGCCCAUCAAAAAAUCUGUCACACCAACCAAAGAAGUUAAGCCCACCAAGAAAGCUGUUACACCGACCAAGGAAGAGGCCAAGCCCAUCAAGAAAGCUGUCACACCAACCAAGGAAGAAGCUAAGCCCAUCCAGAAAGCUGUGACACCAACUGAGGAAGACGCUAUUAUGGAAGCUGUUGCAGUAACAGAGGAAGCUGUCGCACCAACCGAGGAAGAAGCCAUUGAAGAACCCGUCGCACCAACUGAUGAAGAAGCUAUUGAGGAAGCUGUUGAGGAAGCUGUUGCACCCACAGAGGAUGAAGCAAAGCCCAUCAAAAAGGCUGUUACACCAACCAAGGAAGAAGCUACACCCAUUAAAAAAGCUGUCACACCAACUGAGGAAGAAGCUAUUGAGGAAGCUGUCACACCAAGCGAGGAAGAAGCUAUCAAAGAAGCUGUGACAUCAAGCGAGGAAGAAUCUAUCGAGGAAGCUGUUUCACCAACAGAGGAAGAAGCUAUUGAAGAAGCUGUCGCACAAACUGAUGAAGGUAAGCCCAUCCAGAAAGCUGUCACACCAACCAAAGAAGAAGCGAAGCCCAUCCAGAAAGCUGUCACACCAACCAAAGAAGCGAAGCCCAUCCAGAAAGCUGUUACACCAACCAAGGAAGAAACUAAGCCCAUCCAGAAAGCUGUGACACCAACCAAGGAAGAAGCUAAGCCCAUCCAGAAAGCUGUGACACCAACCAAGGAAGAAGCUAAGCCCAUCAAGAAAGCUGUCACACCAACCAAGGAAGAAGCGAAACCCAUCCAGAAAGCUGUGACACCAACCAAAGAAGAGGCCAGGCCCAUCAAGAAAGCUGUCACACCAACCAAGGAAGAAGCGAAACCCAUCCAGAAAGCUGUCACACCAAUCAAAUUAGAGGCCAGGCCCAUCAAGAAAGCUGUCACACCAACCAAGGAAGAAGCAAAACCCAUCCAGAAAGCUGUCACACCAAUCAAAGAGGCCAGGCCCAUCAAGAAAGCUGUCACACCAACCAAGGAAGAAGCGAAGCCCAUCCAGAAAGCUGUCACACCAACUGAGGAAGAAGUCAUUGUGAAAGCAGUUGAACCAACUGAGGAAGCUGUCGCACCAAGCAAGGAAGAAUCUAUCGAGCAAGCUGUUUCACCAACAGAGGAAGUCGCUAUCGAGCAAGCUGUUUCACCAACAGAGGAAGAAGCUAUAGAAGAAGCUGUUUCACCAACAGAGGAAGAAGCUAUAGAAGCUGUUUCACCAACAGAGGAAGAAGCCAUCGAGCAAGCUGUUUCACCAACAGAGGAAGAAGCUAAAAAAGAAGCUGUUUCACCAACAGAGGAAGAAGCUAUCGCACAAGCUGUUUCACCAACAGAGGAAGAAGCUAUAGAAGAAGCUGUUUCACCAACAGAGGAAGAAGCUAUCGAGCAAGCUGUUUCACCAACAGAGGAAGAAGCUAUCAAGGAAGCUGUUUCACCAACAGAGGAAGACGCUAUCGAGCAAGCUGUUUCACCAACAGAGGAAGAAGCUAUAGAAGAAGCUGUUUCACAAACAGAGGAAGAAGCUAUCGAGCAAGCUGUUUCACCAACAGAGGAAGAAGCUAUCAAGGAAGCUGUUUCACCAACAGAGGAAGAAGCUAUCGAGCAAGCUGUUUCACCAACAGAGGAAGAAGCUAAGCCCAUCCAGAAAGCUGUAACACCAACCAAGGAAGAAGCUAAGCCCAUCAAGAAAGCUGUUACACCAACCAAGGAAGAAACUAAGCCCAUCCAGAAAGUUGUAACACCAACCGAAGAAGCUAAGCCCAUCAAGAAAGCUGUUACACCAACCAAGGAAGAAACUAAGCCCACCCAGAAAGCUGUAACACCAACCAAGGAAGAAGCUAAGCCCAUCAAGAAAGCUGCUACACCAACCAAGGAAGGAACUAAGCCCAUCCAGAAAGCUGUAACACCAACCAAGGAAGAAGCUAAGCCCAUCAAGAAAGCUGUAACACCAACCAAGGAAGAAGCUAAGCCCAUCAAGAAAGCUGUUACACCAACUAAGGAAGAAACUAAGCCAAUUAAGAAAGCCGUGACACCAACCAAGGAAGAAGCUAAGGCCAUCAAGAAAGCUGUUACACCAACCAAGGAAGAAGCUAAGCCGAUUAAGAAAGCCGUGACACCAACCAAGGAAGACGCUAAGCCGAUUAAGAAAGCCGUGACACCAACCAAGGAAGAAACUAAGCCGAUUAAGAAAGCUGUUACACCAACCAAGGAAGAAACUAAGCCGAUUAAGAAAGCUGUUACACCAACCAAGGAAGAAACUAAGCCGGUUAAGAAAGCUGUUACACCAACCAAGGAAGAAACUAAGCCGGUUAAGAAAGCUGUGACACCAACCAAGGAAGAAGCCAAGCCCAUCAAGAAAGCUGUCACACCAACUGAGGAAGAAGUCAUUGUGAAAGCAGUUGCACCAACUGAGGAAGCUGUGACACCAAGCGAGGAAGAAUCUAUCGAGGAAGCUGUUUCACCAAGAGAGGAAGAAGCUGUCGAGGAAGCUGUUUCACCAACAGAGGAAGAAGCUGUCGAGCAAGCUGUUUCACCAACAGAGGAAGAAGCUAUUGAGGAAGCUGUUUCACCAACAGAGGAAGAAGCUAUCGAGCAAGCUGUUUCACCAACAGAGGAAGAAGCUAUUGAGCAAGCUGUUUCACCAACAGAGGAAGAAGCUAUCGAGGAAGCUGUUUCACCAACAGAGGAAGAAGCUAUCGAGCAAGCUGUUUCACCAUCAGAGGAAGAAGCUAUUGAGCAAGCUGUUUCACCAACAGAGGAAGAAGCUAUCGAGGAAGCUGCUUCACCAACAGAGGAAGAAGCUAUCGAGCAAGCUGUUUCACCAAUAGAGGAAGAAGCUAUCAAGGAAGCUGUUUCACCAACAGAGGAAGAAGCUAUUGAGAAAGCUAUCGCACAAACUGAAGCAAAGCCCAUCCAGAAAGCUGUUACACCAACCAAGGAAGAAACUAAGCCCAUCCAGAAAGCUGUAACACCAACCAAGGAAGAAGCUAAGCCCAUCAAGAAAGCUGUAACACCAACCAAGGAAGAAGCUAAGCCCAUCAAGAAAGCUGUUACACCAACCAAGGAAGAAACUAAGCCCAUCCAGAAAGCUGUAACACCAACCAAGGAAGAAGCUAAGCCCAUCAAGAAAGCUGUUACACCAACCAAGGAAGAAACUAAGCCCAUCCAGAAAGCUGUAACACCAACCAAGGAAGAAACUAAGCCCAUCCAGAAAGCUGUAACACCAACCAAGGAAGAAACUAAGCCCAUCCAGAAAGCUGUAACACCAACCAAGGAAGAAACUAAGCCGAUUAAGAAAGCCGUGACACCAACCAAAGAAGAAGCCAAGCCCAUCAAGAAAGCUGUCACACCAACUGAGGAAGAAGUCAUUGUGAAAGCAGUUGCACAAACUGAGGAAGCUGUGACACCAAGCGAGGAAGAAUCUAUCGAGGAAGCUGUUUCACCAACAGAGGAAGAAGCUAUUGAUGAAGCUGUCGCACAAACUGACGAAGAAGCUAAGCCCAUCCAGAAAGCUGUGACACCAACCAAGGAAGAGGCUAAGCCCAUCAAGAGAGCUGUCACACCAACUGAGGCAGAAGUUAUUGAGGAACCUGUUGCACCAACCGAGGAAGCUGUUUCACCAACAGAGGAAGGAGCUAUAGAAGAAGCUGUUUCACCAACAGAGGAAGAAGCUAUCGAGCAAGCUGUUUCACCAACAGAGGAAGAAGCUAUCGAGGGAGCUGUUUCACCAACAGAGGAAGAAGCUAUCGAGCAAGCUGUUUCACCAACAGAGCAAGAAGCUAUCGAGGGAGCUGUUUCACCAACAGAGGAAGAAGCUAUCGAGGAAGCUGUUUCACCAACAGAGGAAGAAGCUAUCGAGGAAGCUGUUUCACCAACAGAGGAAGAAGCUAUCGAGGAAGCUGUUUCACCAACAGAGGAAGAAGCUAUCGAGGAAGCUGUCACACCAACCAAGAAAGACGCUGUGCCCAUCAAGAAAGCUGUCACACCAACCAAGGAAGAAGCUAAGCCCAUCAAGAAAGCUGUCACACCAACCAAGGAAGAAGCUAAGCCCAUCAAGAAAGCUGUCACACCAACCAAGGAAAAAGCUGAGCCCAUCAAGAUAUCUGUCACACCAACCAAGGAAGACGCUGAGCCCAUCAAAAAAGCUGUCACACCAACCAAGGAAGAAGCUAAGCCCAUCAAGAAAGCUGCCGCUCCAACCAAGGAAGAAGCUCCACCCAUCAAAAAAGCUGUUGAGAAAUUGGUUACACCAAGUGAGGAAGAAGCCAUCGAGAAAGCUGUGACACUAACCAAGGAAGAAGCUCUUGAGAAAGCUGUGACACCAACUGAAGAAGAGGACAUUGAGCAAGCUGUGACACCAACCAAGGAAGACGCUAUCGAAAAAUUGGUUACACCAACCAAGGAAGAAAUUCCUGAAAAAGCUGUGACACCAACCGAGGAGGACCUUGAGGAAGCUGUGACACCAACAAAGGAGGACGCCACUAAAGAAGUUGUUACUCUAAUUGAAGAAGUGGUUAUCGAUAAAUCUGUUACACCAACUGAGGAAGAAGCUUUUGAGGAAGCUGUUACACCAACCAUGGAAGAAGCUCCAGAGAAAGCUGCGACACCAACAGAGGAAGACGCCAUCGAGAAAGCUGUGACACCAACCAUGGAAGAAGCUCCAGAGAAAGCUGCGACACCAACAGAGGAAGACGCUAUCGAGAAAUUGGUUACACCAACUGAGGAAGUCGCCAUCGAGAAAGCUGUGACACCAACCAUGGAAGAAGCUCCAGAGAAAGCUGCGACACCAACAGAGGAAGACGCUAUCGAGAAAUUGGUUACACCAACUGAGGAAGUCUCCAUCGAGAAAGCUGUGACACCAACCAUGGAAGAAGCUCCAGAGAAAGCUGCGACACCAACAGAGGAAGACGCUAUCGAGAAAUUGGUUACACCAACUGAGGAAGUCGCCAUCGAGAAAGCUGUGACACCAACCAUGGAAGAAGCUCCAGAGAAAGCUGCGACACCAACAGAGGAAGAUGCUAUCGAGAAAUCGGUUACACCAACUGAGGAAGAAAAUAUUGAGGAACCUGUUACACCUACCAAGGAAGAAGCUAUCCAGGAUGCUGUUACACCAACCAAGGAAUAUACUAAGCUCUUAAAGAAAGCUGUGACACCAACCAAGGAGAACGCAAAGGUCUUCAAGAAAGCUGUUAAACCAACCAAGUUGGAUACCAAGCCAUUUAAGAAAGCUGUUACACCAACCAAGGAGGAGGCCAAGCCCUUCAAGAAAGCUGUUACACCAACCAAGGAGGAAGCCAAACCCUUCAAGAAAGCUGUUACACCAACCAAGGAGGAAGCGAAGCCCUUCAAGAAAGCUGUUACACCAACCAAGUUGGAUACCAAGCCCUUCAAGAAAGCUGUUACACCAACCAAGGAAGAUGCCAAGCCCUUCAGGAAAGCUGUUACACCAACAAAGGAGGAAGCCAAGCCCUUCAAGAAAGCUGUGACACCAACCAAGGAAGAUGCCAAGCCCUUCAAGAAAGCUGUUACACCAACAAAGGAGGAAGCCAAGCCCUUCAAGAAAGCUGUUACACCAACUAAGAAGGAUGCAAAACCCAUAAAGGAAGAUGCUAAACUUAUCAAGGAAACUGACAAACCCUCGAAGGAAUCUGUAAAACCUGCAAAGACUGCAUCGACUAAGCCCAAAGGACAAGGAAUAAAGGCCAAGGUUCCUCAACAAACAGUGGAGGAACCUGUCGUAAAAGAAUUACACGACAAAACCACAGAAAAAACCAUCGUCUCAACCAACGAGGUUCACAAGUUGGCUACGGUGGCAGCAGAGGCCAUGAAGACAGAUUCUGCACCAAGCCUGGGAACACCCACGGAUGAGUAAGGGUGAUUAUUGAAACCAGUGCCUACCUACCACCAAGGACAAUUGAGCAAGCCUACAGAUGUGUGAAUGUGUCUCCGAAGGGAAGUGAUAAUGAACAUCUCAAAAGCCAUAAAUAAAAUCCAAACCUUAAGACUCAUCACAGUUUAAAGUGUAAUAUGAAGCGAAUGGAUUAUAGUGCUCUGUAUUGGUAUAUCUUGAAUAGUGCCUUUAACAAUUAAGAAUUACGAAGCACUUUAACAUGAAAAAGAAUAUAAAAUAUAUACAAAUGAAUGCUAUGUUGAAUGAAUGAAAUUAUUAAACGUUGCUUGCUAAAGUUAUAAAAAUGAAAAAUGACUUGAGGUCUUAAAAGUAUAUUAUUAUGUUGAAUUGAUUGCAGUUCAGUAUUGACAAAUGUAAUAAUUAUUUGAAUAAAUGAAAACUGCUACAGCAAUGCAGAA